GGCGGGGAGGGCAGCAGCCGCAGGGGCAGCGAGAGCCGGCGCGGCCGGGCCUGGGCGGCGCGGGAGGCGCAGCCGGGUAGAUCCCCCCGCACGAGCGAGGCCGGAGCGCCGCGCCGGCCGCUUUCCCGGGGCUGAGGGGAAGGCGCGGAGCUGAGCGCGGAGCCCCGGGGGCCACUGCGGGCGCCUGGUGCAGCCAGGCCGGGCACGCUGCGAGGGGAGGAGUGGCGCUACUAACCCCGACCCACCACCGAGGAGGGAGCGCUUGCCUUUCCCCCCACCUCCUGCCGUGGUGGUUUUUUCCCCUCUUUCCGUGGUGGUUUUUUUUCCCCUCCUUCCGUGGUUUUUUUUUUUUUUUUUCCUUUUUGGGAGGGGGUUAUUUUUGGUGGUCUUUUUUUAUUUUCAUUUUUUUUUCUUGUGGCGUGUGGUGGUUAGAAACUUGGCUCGCUCGCCCCUACUUUUUGAAGGAAGAGGCUGUGAGAAACCCCUAGUAAUCUAUGCCAGCAAUUAUGACAAUGUUAGCAGACCAUGCAGCUCGUCAGCUGCUGGAUUUUAACCAGAAACUGGAUAUCAAUCUCUUGGACAAUGUGGUGAACUGCUUGUACCAUGGAGAAGGUGCACAGCAAAGAAUGGCACAAGAAGUGUUGACUCACUUAAAAGAACAUCCUGAUGCGUGGACAAGAGUUGAUACUAUUUUGGAGUUCUCUCAGAACAUGAAUACCAAAUAUUAUGGACUGCAAAUCUUGGAAAAUGUGAUAAAAACAAGAUGGAAGAUUCUUCCAAGGAACCAGUGCGAAGGUAUUAAAAAAUACGUUGUUGGCCUAAUUAUCAAGACCUCAUCUGACCCAACGUGUGUAGAAAAAGAGAAAGUGUAUAUUGGGAAACUGAAUAUGAUUCUUGUUCAGAUCCUGAAACAGGAGUGGCCCAAGCACUGGCCAACGUUCAUCAGCGAUAUUGUGGGAGCCAGCAGGACCAGCGAGAGCCUCUGUCAGAACAACAUGGUGAUCCUGAAACUGCUGAGUGAAGAAGUGUUUGAUUUUUCCAGUGGCCAGAUUACUCAAGUAAAAGCUAAGCAUUURAAAGACAGCAUGUGCAAUGAAUUCUCUCAAAUAUUCCAACUGUGUCAGUUUGUGAUGGAAAACUCCCAAAAUGCUCCCUUAGUCCAUGCGACCUUGGAAACCUUGCUACGAUUUCUGAACUGGAUUCCUCUGGGAUAUAUAUUUGAGACCAAGUUAAUCAGCACACUAAUAUAUAAGUUCUUAAAUGUUCCCAUGUUUCGAAAUGUCUCUUUGAAGUGCCUCACAGAGAUUGCAGGUGUCAGUGUAAGCCAGUAUGAAGAACAGUUUGUAACACUUUUUACACUGACCAUGAUGCAGUUAAAACAGAUGCUUCCUUUAAAUACCAAUAUCCGACUUGCAUACUCAAAUGGAAAAGAUGAUGAACAGAACUUCAUUCAGAAUCUCAGUUUGUUCCUGUGCACAUUCCUCAAGGAACAUGGUCUACUUAUAGAAAAAAGAUUAAAUCUGAGGGAGACACUAAUGGAGGCUCUUCAUUACAUGUUGUUGGURUCAGAAGUUGAAGAAACUGAAAUUUUCAAGAUUUGUCUGGAGUAUUGGAACCAUUUAGCUGCUGAGCUCUACAGGGAAAGUCCRUUCUCAACAUCUGCUUCUCCACUGCUUUCAGGAAGUCAACACUUCGAUGUUCCUCCAAGGAGACAGCUUUAUUUGCCUGUUUUGUCCAAGGUCCGGUUGCUCAUGGUCAGUCGYAUGGCCAAGCCUGAAGAAGUCCUGGUUGUGGAAAAUGAUCAAGGGGAGGUAGUACGGGAAUUCAUGAAGGAUACAGAUUCYAUAAACUUGUAUAAAAAUAUGAGAGAAACGUUAGUUUAUCUCACACAUCUGGAUUAUGCAGACACGGAACGAAUUAUGACUGAAAAGCUUCACAAUCAAGUGAAUGGAACUGAGUGGUCGUGGAAAAAUCUGAACACCCURUGCUGGGCUAUCGGCUCUAUCAGCGGUGCCAUGCAUGAAGAAGAUGAAAAGAGAUUCCUGGUUACUGUAAUUAAGGAUCUCCUGGGACUCUGUGAACAAAAGCGAGGAAAGGACAAUAAAGCCAUUAUUGCAUCAAAUAUAAUGUAUAUAGUAGGUCAAUACCCACGGUUUUUGAGAGCUCACUGGAAAUUUUUGAAGACAGUAGUCAACAAGCUGUUUGAAUUUAUGCAUGAAACCCACGAUGGCGUCCAGGACAUGGCUUGUGAUACCUUCAUCAAAAUAGCACAGAAAUGCCGCCGGCACUUUGUCCAGGUUCAGGUGGGAGAGGUCAUGCCAUUUAUCGAUGAAAUCCUGAACAAUAUUAAUACAAUCAUCUGUGACCUUCAGCCACAACAGGUGCACACAUUUUAUGAAGCAGUUGGAUACAUGAUUGGGGCACAGACAGACCAGACUGUGCAGGAGCAUCUGAUAGAAAAGUACAUGUUGCUGCCCAAUCAGGUGUGGGACAGCAUCAUUCAGCAGGCAACAAAGAAUGUUGAUAUUCUAAAGGAUCCUGAAACAGUUAAGCAGCUUGGUAGCAUUCUGAAAACCAAUGUAAGAGCAUGUAAAGCAGUUGGCCACCCCUUUGUGAUUCAGCUUGGAAGAAUUUAUUUAGAUAUGCUGAAUGUGUACAAGUGCCUAAGUGAAAAUAUCUCUGCAGCUAUUCAGGCUAAUGGUGAAAUGGUAACAAAGCAGCCCUUGAUUAGAAGUAUGAGGACUGUAAAAAGGGAAACRUUAAAAUUAAUUUCUGGCUGGGUGAGCAGGUCCAAUGAUCCGCAGAUGGUAGCUGAAAACUUUGUUCCUCCGUUGUUGGAUGCAGUUCUCAUCGAUUACCAACGGAAUGUCCCGGCCGCUCGGGAGCCCGAGGUGCUCAGUACCAUGGCUAUCAUUGUCAACAAGCUGGGGGGACACAUCACUGCUGAAAUACCUCAGAUCUUCGAUGCUGUUUUUGAGUGCACAUUAAACAUGAUCAACAAGGACUUUGAAGAAUAUCCUGAACAUAGAACAAACUUCUUCUUGCUACUSCAAGCUGUAAAUUCUCAAUGCUUCCCAGCCUUCCUGGCCAUUCCACCUGCACAGUUCAAACUUGUCCUGGAUUCUAUUAUUUGGGCUUUCAAACACACAAUGAGAAACGUUGCAGAUACAGGACUUCAGAUCCUUUAUACCUUACUACAGAACGUUGCACAGGAGGAGACYGCUGCCCAGAGUUUCUAUCAGACGUAUUUCUGUGAUAUCCUCCAGCACAUUUUCUCCGUGGUCACAGACACCUCGCACACUGCAGGUUUGACAAUGCAUGCGUCAAUCCUUGCGUACAUGUUCAACUUGGUAGAAGAGGGAAAAAUAAGUACUCCUUUAAACCCUGGAAAUCCAGUGAACAACCAAAUGUUUAUUCAGGAGUAUGUGGCUAAUCUCCUCAAAUCUGCGUUUCCUCACCUGCAAGAUGCCCAGGUUAAGCUGUUCGUAACGGGACUCUUCAGUUUAAACCAGGAUAUUCCUGCCUUCAAGGAACACCUAAGGGAUUUCCUGGUCCAAAUCAAGGAAUUUGCAGGUGAAGACACAUCAGACUUAUUCUUGGAGGAGAGAGAAACAGCCCUGCGGCAGGCUCAAGAGGAGAAGCAUAAACUUCAGAUGUCUGUACCUGGCAUCCUUAAUCCACAUGAAAUUCCUGAGGAGAUGUGCGAUUAAAAACAAAAAUAAAACAAGUUUUGCGGUUUUCUUUCUGUACAGCUAACUUUGUUGUGAUAGAAGAAAACAGCACUUGGAUAUUUGUUGACCAAAAUGAUGCCAAUUUGUAAAUUAAAAUGUCACCUAGUGGCCCUUUUUCUUAUGUGUUUUUUGUAUAAGAAAUUUUCUGUGAAAUAUCCUUCCAUUGUUCAAGCUUUUGUUUGGUCAUCUUUAUUUAGAUUUGCAUGAAGUUGAAAAUUAAGGCAUUUUCAAAGUAAUUACUUCAUGCCCAUUUUGUGGCUAAGGGGAAAAUAGGCAAAACGUAACUUGUAAAAGACUAUAUUGCAAAAUAUUACAAUUUCCUGUAAGAGUAUCGAUUUUUAAUUCGGGGUAAUUUUCUUUCUAGUCUGUCCUGCAGUCUAGGAGAAAAGGUAAAGAGUAAAGCAGAUUGAAUUAAUUGUUAAGCAGAGGAUUCUAGUGCUGUGUUUAUUCUGAUCAGUUAGCAGCUUUCUGGACUGAGUGGUAAGGCUAUAGGCUACGUGUAUUUGCAAGUUGUAUGGCAAGUUUGCAGCAAGAUCAUGUGCAUAUCAUCCCAUUGUAAAGCAACUUCUAAAGAGUAUGGGAACACAGUACAGUUAGUUAUUUUUACACAGUUCUUUUGUUUUUGUGUGUGUGCUGUCGCUUUGUCGACAACAGCUUUUUGUUUUCCUCAAUGAGGAGUGUUGCUCAUUUGUGAGCCUUCAUUAACUCGAAGUGAAAUGGUUAAAAUAUUUAUCCUGUUAGAAUAGGCUGCAUCUUUUUAACAACUCAUAAAAUAAAAAAAAAAAAACCUGGCUUUUGAGAUGACUUAUACUAAUUUACAUUGUUUACCAUGCUGUAGUGCUUAAAGAACACUACUUAAGAGCAAAAUAAACUUGGUUUACAUUAUUUUUCUUUCUUUGGCUUAUUCUUUUAUUGGAUGAAAAUGCUGUGAUCAUAUUUAAGAUUUGUAUUUGAAGGUGUAGGAAAAUUUCCUUGAGGUCUAGAUAACUGUUGCUUCUGGCUUGCCUCAUCUCAAGGACUUUGGCUGUGCUUGAAGUUACCAUGAACUAAGUUGGGUUCCAUUUGGAAAUACAGUAGCUGUUCUGACUUACCUCCAUGGAUAAYUAUUCCAUAACACGUUACUAUAAAAUGCCAGGAAUGAGGUACUCUUGCUCUUUCUCUCUCUGGACUCUUUGCAAUUUAUUUCAAAGAGGUAUUGCACUGUAUCUUGACUAAGCAGUUAAUAGUCCAUGUUAAUAACACAUGUAGACAMGAUCUACAGUUAUUUUUCUACCUAAAGUUUUGUAGUUAAAUGAUUUUCACAGAUUUAUGAAGCAGUAUGAACACUAAGGUUGUGUACAGUCUUGGCUUCCCCAUCUCUGUUGUGUCUUGUCUCUGUUUUCUAACAGUCCGUGUCAAGCUUUCCCUAAGUUUUUCCCUGAUUUGGUGUCCAGUCUCCAGGUUGUCAUUGGGRUAUGAAGUGUAGCCAUUCUCACAGAGAGCUGCAACACAAGGCUAGGCAGGCGUGGGGUGUUGUGUGCCCCUUUGGGUACUGUAGUUAACUUUGUGCUGUGUAUUCCUUUUGAAGUAGAAGUGCAUGAGUUAGCGGUGUUCCUGUAGGAURUAGCUGUGACCGGAAUGUUUCCAGUCCAAAGUGUCAGCCCCUUUGUGUUUGUGAGCAUCUCUCCAUUUGUUUCACGUGGUUGGCCCUAGGAAAGCUCAACUGCUCCCAUGGGAAGGGCCUUGGGCAGUGUCACUGUGAGCUGGCAUUGCUUGGAGAGGUUCCUCAAACCACUGAUGGCUGGGACUGUGUACAGCCUCCCAAAACUGAUAAUUACUGCCAGAGUUACAAAACUCAUUUCUUACUCUSUUUAAAGCUCCCAAUUCCAGCUUUUUCAUGUCUUCCUGUCAAUGUGGAGCUUUCUGUUCCACACUGCAAAGGCAAUAUUGUCUUUUAUUGGGCAGUUUAAAGUGCAACAGUUGAAGUCCUGUUAAAGGACACAUCUGGAAAGGACAUGGAAUGGCUUGUGACCAGGCUGAGUUGCAGCAUUAGAGCUACAGAUUACCAAAAGCUGUGCAGAGAAGUAAGAAAAGGGUUAUUCAAAAGGAAAUAAAUCCCAUCAAUAGCRUGAUGUCAGAUCAUAGCCCAUGAGUCACAGAGCUAAACACUGAACUGGUUCUGAUGUGCAGUGSCAUUAACUGCAUUCAGAACAGUUCUGAACAAAAAUACAAGCAUUGAUGCACCUUCCUUCAAGGUUGAAGUUAAAUCUGAAGCUUGUGGUCUGAUUGUUCACUGAAGAUUUAAAUAUGACCUAACCUCUCACACAACAAACCCGAAAUGUAUUUUUAUGUUGAUUCAGAGAAGAGUUGUUUCAUUAUUUUGAUAACUUAUGAAUUACCUAGUAACAACAUUCUAAUCUUAGGUUUUGCUUCCCUUUUAGAUCUAAAAAUUUAACUGUGGUCUUGUCUUGUUCUCUUAAGAUAAUUGGUGCCUUUCCCUGAUCUCUGCAGCUGCUAUAAAAAAUGCAGCUUAUGUGGAGUUCUGGAUACCAUUAAAGAUUUGACUUGUGUGUGUGCAUAUUUCUAGUGCAGUUAUCCUGAAUGUGAAGAAAAAAAARAA